AUGGGCUUCGAGACAAAAGCGACCAUUGCCAACUUUGGCGGAAAACUCCUCAAGCUGGAGCAUGACAGCACCUCCACCAAGACCAAAAUGGCCCUAAACCUCUACCUCCCACCCGCCGCCACCUCCGGCUCCAACACAAAGGUGCCCGUCCUGAUCUACCUCUCAGGCCUGACGUGCACGGGCGACAACUGCGCCGAAAAGGGCUUCUUCCAGUGCUACGCCUCCAAGCACGGCAUCGCCGUCGUCUACCCGGACACCUCGCCGCGGGGCGCAAACAUCCAGGGCGAGGACGAGAGCUGGGACUUUGGCUCCGGCGCCGGCUUCUACGUGGACGCCACCGAGGGCGACUGGAAGAACAACUACAACAUGUACACGUACAUCACCGAGGAGCUGCCGAAGGCGCUGUUUGAGAGCUUUGAGGUGCUGGAUGCGGGGCGGGUCAGCAUCACGGGACACUCGAUGGGCGGGCAUGGUGCUUUGACUUUGUUCUUGAAGAACCCAGGGAAGUACCGGUCCGUUUCCGCGCUGGCCCCAAUCACCAACCCGAUUAAUUGCCCGUGGGGACAGAAGGCCUUCACGGGCUACUUUGGCGCCAGCAACAAGGGCAAGUGGGCCGACCACGAUGCCACAGAGCUUCUCAAGAAGUGGGAGGGCCCCUUUGAAACGCUGAUUGACGUUGGCACGGGCGACAACUUUUACAAGAACGGCCAGCUGCUGCCGGAGAACUUUGAGGCUGCGGCGAGGGAGAAGGGCGUGGAGAAGGGCGUCAGUGUGAGGUACCAGAAGGACUAUGACCACAGUUACUUUUUCAUCUCGUCGUUUGCGGAGGACCAUGUCAACUACCAUGCAAAGUUCCUGCUCAAGUAG